UUUAUGAUUCAUAAGCUUAAUGAAACAAGAGAAGGAUGAAACUAUUAGGAAAAUGGCAGGUGGUUUCCGCGGCCUCGACGACCUCUUUUACCCCUUCCUCUUACCGUUUUCCAUUCCAUAUCUUGAAAUUUUUGGAGUGGUUUUAUUGGCCUACCACCUCGAGACAUGUUGAGGUUUGCCGUAGCUUCACUCAUAGACCCUUCUCCAUCAUCUUGCACAAUAUGAGCAAUAUGAGCUUCACUCAUAGACUUCUUUUUUCACUAACAGCAAUUUAAAUAGGGUUGUAAUAUAUAUUAGUGAAUAGCGAUGAAAGAGAAUGUUCACGUUAGCUAGAUCGAAAACAUUUUUAUAAAACCAGAAAAAUUUAAACAUAUGACCACUUCUCUUAGUAAUUGAAAGAGCUUAUCCUCCAUCUAGUAUACGUAAUUCGUAUAUGACAUGCAAGGAAAGAGGUUGCAAAAAUAUUGAACCACUUUUCUUCUCACUAAUUAUUGUAUUUGUUGGACGAGGAUAAACUAAUAGCAAUAAGUAUAACAUAUGAGAGAAUAAAUAAACAAAUAAUAGUGGACUGCAAGAAUAUCAUUUGAGAAUUAAAUAGCAUUAAUCAUUUUGAAAUAAAAAUAAAUUGUGACUAUUUUUAUAAACACCAAUUUGCUUCAAGUCUUCUUCUCUAUUUAUACAUCUUCUCCAAUCCAACAAAAGACACACACUUAUAUACACUAAACCUUCCAUCCUCUUGUCCUAGAAAGCUCUCCAUAAUCUGAAUAUUUCUUUUCUCACACAUUAAUUUGCUUUUGUUAUUCAGAACUAAACAGAAGUAACUUCCUAAACUCUGUUUCAAGAUGCAUAGAAAUAACAACAAGAAGUCUCUCAACAUCUCGAGCAUGUUCCAAACCUUCAUCCCUGACAGCAACAUUUUCUCCCGACGCUGCAUUUGGGUCAACGGUCCCGUCAUCGUCGGAGCUGGCCCAUCGGGCUUAGCCGUAGCCGCGGGCUUGAAACGUGAAGGCGUACCGUUUAUCAUCCUCGAGCGAGCUAACUGUAUCGCUUCCCUGUGGCAAAACAGAACGUACGAUCGUCUCAAGCUCCAUCUCCCCAAACAGUUUUGCCAGCUACCAAACUUCCCCUUCCCUGAGGACUACCCUGAAUACCCUACCAAGUUUCAGUUCAUCCAGUACCUUGAGGAGUACGCAACGCACUUCGACAUCAACCCUAAGUACAACGAGACGGUCCAGUCAGCUAAAUACGACGAGACGUUCGGGCUGUGGAGGGUUAAGACCAUUUCCAAGAGCGGGCAGCUAGGUUCUUGCGAGUUUGAGUAUAUCUGCAGGUGGCUUGUGGUGGCUACUGGUGAGAAUGCUGAGAAAGUUGUGCCGGAUUUCGAAGGUCUAGAGGACUUUGGCGGAGAUGUUCUUCACGCCGGAGAUUACAAGUCCGGUGGAAGGUACCAAGGGAAGAAAGUUCUGGUCGUUGGAUGCGGAAACUCUGGAAUGGAAGUCUCUCUAGAUCUCUACAAUCAUGGAGCAAACCCAUCAAUGGUCGUUCGCAGCUCUGUUCAUGUGUUACCAAGGGAGAUUCUUGGGAAGUCCACGUUCGAGCUAGGAGUCACGAUGAUGAAGUGGAUGCCGGUAUGGCUCGCGGACAAGACACUGCUCCUACUAGCUAGGAUAGUGUUGGGGAAUACCGACAAAUACGGUCUGAAAAGACCGAAUAUCGGACCGUUAGAGCUGAAGAACAAGGAAGGUAAAACACCGGUUCUUGACAUCGGGGCACUACCGAAAAUCAGAGCGGGAAAGAUCAAGAUCGUCCCAGGGAUCAUAAAGUUCGGUCGAGGAAUGGUUGAGUUAGUCGAUGGACGUGUUCUUGAUAUUGAUUCCGUUAUUCUAGCUACUGGUUACAGAAGCAACGUCCCUUCAUGGCUUAAGGACAAUGACUUCUUUUCCGAUGAUGGGAUACCGAAAAACCCGUUUCCAAACGGGUGGAAAGGAGAGGCGGGAUUGUAUGCGGUCGGGUUCACGAGAAAAGGAUUGUUCGGCGCGUCGCUGGACGCGAUGAGUGUGGCUCACGAUAUCGCAAACAGGUGGAAAGAAGAAUCUAGGCAACAGAAGAAAACUGCUGCUGCUCGUCAUCGUCGAUGUAUCUCACAUUUCUAGUUUGGGAAAUAAAUAAAAAAAUAUUAGGGCAAGAAAAAAAUAUACAAAAAUGGAGUAUGGUAAAUUAGUAUUUGGAUGAAUGUGAACAAAACAAAAAUCAAAGAGAUAAUUAAGCCCUCUCCCCAGAAGAAGAAACCCAAAAACAAAAAGUGUGAAAAAUAAAAUAUAGUUGGUUUUUUUUCUUUGUUUUAAGGAAGAUGUGGCUUUUUAUAUAUAUAUGUAUUAUGAUUUUAUUAUUUUGUUUUGAGAGUGCUUUGUUUUCUUGUUUUUGUGUAUUAUUUUUCUUCUUCGUUUUAGAUUUUGAACUCUGUAAGAAGUUUUGCUUAAUCUAAUAUGACAAAUGUUAUUAUGUUUUUUUUUUUUAUCUUGAUGGUUUUUUUUAAUUGAUUGAGCAAAAGAAGGAAGAAAAAAAAGAAUGAAACAACUAAGAUCAUGCUGUUUCAUUAUUGGAAGAAUACUCUCAUACGUUAAGAGCUGUUAUUUAGGUGUUUUAGGAAUCAUUAUACUAAUUUUGUAAUGAUUUAAUUUGACAAAUGAUUGAUUACACAUGAUUAUAUUGGACCAUUAAUACAAAAUAACAUGAUUACUCAUAUCCCAGGGAACAAAACAUGCAUUUAUGAUUUAUGUAGGAUAUGCAAAAUCCAAUAGCGAUGCAAGGGAAAAAAAAACAAAAAAACAUAUAUCUACCAUUAUCAUACAGGAAAGGAAACUAUCAAUGAAAAAUGGAAUUAUAUAUAUGAUAUAGAUAUAUAAUUUAAAACGAUUAUACAUAUACAUUUGAAACGGAUUCAGAUCCAAAAUAUGCAAUAUGUAAUAAAUAUAUCUCUAAAGAUUAUUUAAGUUUUUCAUUUGUCAAAUUGCACUUCAAAAUAAUUGAAGAUGCCAGAGUAACUUUAUUUCCACCAAAAUAUAAAAGACAAAACUUAUACAUUCUCUGUAUAUGGACAAAGCCUCUGCUUUUUUUUUUCUUUAAAACUCUGGUGCAAAGAGACCAUACAUUUAUGAGUAUCAAAUUUCAUUCGAGGUCUGAGACUCUGCAAGCAAACCCAUUGAACCAGCAGAACAUAGAAUUAACAAACAAAAGGACAAAAAAAGUAAACCGUUGAAGUUUGUAUUUGUGAGUGAGUGAAUAAUGAAGGCUAGAAACUAUGGUUCCUUCAUUCUCUGAUCCAAACAGAAAAAC